AUGAAGAACCCUACUAAGAAGGCGGCUCUGGAAGCUCGCAUUCCCCUCGGACGUAUCGGUGACCCAGAAGAUAUGGCUGGUCCUGCAGUUUUCUUGGCUUGCGAAGAGAUGAGUCGUUAUGUUAACGCUACGGGCGUGUUGGCGGAUGGUGGAAUGCAUAUAGCCGAGUUGAGCUUUUGCCAUGGUUUCAUUUUUGCGUUUGUUCCAAUCGACUUAAAAUCGAAUUCAUUGGAGUGA